AAAACAGGUUGGUGUUUAUUUUUGAUUUCUCAUUCAUUCAUGAUGCUGAAGAACAUUCAUGUUAUAAAUAUUCAAGCACUUCAUCAGAUUUAGAUGAACAGAAAUGGGACUAUACAUGAACUUUCCAGAAUGGCUGACAGGAUUGCAAGUGUAACUUAAGCAAAACCUGACUUAUAGUUUCUAAAAAAAAGCUGUAUUUUUCAUAAAUUAUCUGUAAUCUUAUUUCUCUCAUUCUUCUUGCAAACACUUUGGUUAGAGGGUUGAUGAAUGCGGUCAAAACUCAAAGAAGUGCAGUAGCUAAAGCUGCGGCCACUCUAGACAUUGAGCAUGUGAAGUUUCAUUGUAAAGUUGAACAGAAAUGCAGGGAAAUUGGCUUGAGCUUGUGUUUCAGUCUUCCACGUUCACAUGCGUAUGAAUGGAAGACUGUUGGAAAUUUAGACGCAAAAACAAGGGAGACUUGAUGUCUCUUUAGCAAGGUUUCUUCAUUGAGAAUGUGCUGUGACGCUGCAGUCAUCAAAGUUAAACUAAAGACGUGUUUCAUUGUAGUUUAUAUUUUAUGGGGUCAGUGUUUAGAGAUGGAGACAAAUACCUGGGUGACGACCUUAGAUGAAGCAUGCAAAUGAGGUAUUCAGGUAUCGUUAACUGCUCCAGACUCCAGAGUUUCACAAGUCCUGAUCCAAUCUGUAUAAAGAAUGGGAAGGUGGCUCCAUGAGCCAUUAAAGACAAUAGAAGAGAGUCUCUGUAAUCUGGCUCAUUUGACUUACAAUGAAGAGGACAGGAACCUCAUGCUAAAGACUUUGCUUAACAUGAUCAUUCUUCUUCAUCUUCAUCUUUCGUAAACAAUGCACUUCACCCUAAUUUUUCAUGUGAUGUCUUAAACUGAUGUUUAAACAUUUGUAAUCCCACAGAACAAAAAUUCAAAUAUUUUUAGAAAAAUAUAUUCUCAAGUUGUUGUCAAAAUUAUGGCACAUUUUAAUGUUGUUAUUACGUUAGAUAGUAAUAAUGUACCUAAUUCAUGGAACGUUUCAGGAACAUAUAAUUUAUAGAAAUGCAUCAAAAUGAUCAUAGAAGUUGUGUAUUUUAUCACUAUUAUUCCAUUUCUCUAUUUGAAUUAUUUUGAUGUACUAAAAAUGAAAUUCAACAUUUUUCAGAGCUGAUGGAAGAGAACGAGGCAAGUGAAGAACUGAGUGAAGUGGAGGAGGAACAUCAUGACAAACCUGGAGAAAAACCUUCGAGUCCCUCGAAGACGAAAAAGACACUUUUAAAGAAAACAAGAGCCAAGAAGUCUUUCACCUGCACUCAGUGUGGAAAGAGUUUCCCGUACCAAAAACAUCUUGAGCGUCACAUGAGAGUUCAUACUGGAGAGAGACCGUUCACAUGUGAUCAGUGUGGGAAGAGUUACAUGCUAUCAUCACACCUUAAGAGACACAUGAGAAUCCACACAGGAGAGAAGCCGUAUGCAUGUGAUCAGUGCAGGAAGGGUUUCUCAGAAAAACGAAGCCUUGAGAUUCACAUAAGAGUUCAUACUGGAGAGAAACCGUACACAUGUGAUCAGUGCGAGAAGAGCUUCAGAGGAAAGCGAAGUCUUGAGAUUCACAUGAGAGUUCAUACAGGAGAGAAGCUGUUCACGUGUGUUCAGUGCGGGAAGAGUUUCACAAUAAAAAAACAUCUUCACCGACACAUUUGGAUCCACACUGGAGAAAGCCCACACGUAUGCGACCAAUGUGGGAAGAGUUUCACAGAAUCAUCACGUCUUAAAGGACACAUGAGGAUCCACACCGGAGAGAAGCCGUUCACAUGUGAUCAGUGCGGAAGAACAUUUUUUGUGGCAUCAGCUCUGAGGACACACUUGAAGGUUCAUGUGAAGGAGAAGCCGCAUUCAUGUUCUGAAUGUGGAAAGAGUUUUUCACGUCAGCAAUAUUUACAAGAACAUCAGAAAAUACAUACCGGUGUGAGAGAGUACAUGUGCUUUGAGUGUGACAAGACUUAUACUUCAGCGAGCCAUUUAAAGCGCCACCAGGUAAUUCACACUGGAGAAAAACCUUAUAAGUGUUCACACUGUAACAAGAGAUUCAGUCUGUCAGCAUGUCUGAAAAGACAUGAGAGGAUCCACACUGGAGAGAAACCGCACGCGUGUGAUCAGUGCGGAAAAAGCUUUGCUUUUAAAAGCUACCUUAAGCUACACAUGAGGACCCAUGCAGUGAAUCAUAAAUCAUAUCACUGCUAUCCAUGCAGGGAGAGUUUCUCUCAGUUAUUUUCUUUAUUCAUUCAUAUGAAAAACAAUCACGGUCUGAAAUCACGAACUACCAGAAAUCAUCCGGAAGGAGAGGACGGAGAGAACGCUAGUGAUCCAGAAUCCUGCAGAAAGAAACAUUAUGAUACUGAAGAGCCAAGAGGUUGGUGUUUAUUCUUCAUUCCUCAUGCUGAAGAACAUGCUGAUGCUCACUACAUUUACACGACAAAGCCAAUAGAUUUUUGUUUUCUUCUAGAACUUUUGUCGACCAGAUUUGAUGGGAUUAAAAUGACUCUUGAACUCAACAGUGAUCUUGACUUUGGGGUUUUCAUGUUUGUCUCUCAUUUGAAAUCUCACAUGAUUUAAUGUUUCUUUUAGGCCUGAUGGAUGUGAACAAGAAAGCAAAAACUGAAGCCAAAAAAUCUGUCAGCUGCCCUCAGUGUAAAAAGAUUGACAUGCAAAUCAAACCUUAAGAAGCACAUGAGGAUCCACACUGGAG